ACAAAUUGCAUUUAUCUGCAUCUGAUGAUAAUGAACUUGCACAUUUGUUGGCUGAUCGAGCCAAAAAUCCAGAUGGAGGCUUCUUGUGGCACCUUUAUAACCAAUUUCAUAUUACUCAACUCGGUAAUCGAAAUGGAAAAGGAAUGUUUGAUCAGUUGCAGGAGAUGGUUAAUCAAUAUAAUGAGUCAAAUAACGGAAAGGCAAUUCUUCAAAUAUAUAACUCAACAACAAGCACACCUUUUAUUCUUUGUAUUGUUACGAGUUUGAUAGCAAGAGUACAUGAAAAAAUUCGCCAAGCUGGUGAACUUUGUUAUCUCGAUGCAUCUGCUGCAUUCGAUCCACUUAAUACCUCUAUUAGCCUCCUUUAUACAAGUUGUAUGGUUGGUGCUUUGCCCUUAGGAAUAUUUUUAACAUCGGAUGAAGCUGAAGUUACGAUUGAAAAUGCUAUUAAUUUACUUAAAACAAUUUUACCUGCCAAUGCAUUUUAUGGGCGUGGGCCAGAAAUUGGUCCUAAAGUCAUAAUUACUGACUAUUCCAAUGCUGAGCGUAAUGCUCUGCAGAUUUGUUGGCCAACAUAUGAUCGUAUUCCAAUUAUGAAUUCCUUAAAAACCGUUCUGUAUGCACCUACUAUUCCUAAAAUGGAUGAGGAAUUUACUAAAUUUAAGGAACUAUAUUUUACUAAAUAUAGACAACUUGAGUCACACU